UCCUAAUUUUUGCUUGUUAAAUACGUGACUUAUAACGGGAAAAAAAAAAACAAAAAACUGACUACUUUUUAGGACUAAGCAACAACAAAUGUCACAGACGACUCGUUCAAUGCAUAGCAUUAAGCAAACAAAACCAAACCCAAAAACACACUUUUUAUUUUUAGUAACCAAAACACACUCUUUCUCUCACACCAAACACACAUUUUCCACACACUAUACCAAAUAAAACUGAACUCUAAAUAAACAAUAAUUAAGAAAAUAACCUUAAAAAUAAAUAGUGAAUUUCUCUUGUCUCUCGCUUUCUUGUUUUUUUGGUAUAUGAGAAAUCUCACGGCGGAGAUAAUCAGUCUCCGGCCAACUUAAUGUCGACAAUAAUUCCUUCACCUCUGCCACCGCAACCUCCGCCACCGCAACCUCCGCCACAACAUUACGUUACACCGCCUCUCACGGUGAUCCUCACCGUAAUCCUCCUCGUCUUCUUCUUCAUUGGUUUCUUCACUCUCUAUUUUUGCAAGUGUUUUCUCGACACAAUGAUGCAAGCUUGGCGUCUCCACCACGGCGGAGAUACCGUAUCCGACAAUCCCCUCCAGCCACCGGAAGCUCCUCCCGUAAAUCCCGGUCUUGACCUUCGAAUCAUUAAUUCGUUUCCCACUUUUCCUUACUCCUCCGUUAAAGAUCUCCGGGAAGAAAAAUACGGCCUCGAAUGCGCCAUUUGUCUUCUCGAAUUCGACGGAGAUCACGUGCUCCGUCUCUUGACAACAUGCUACCACGUGUUCCACCAAGAAUGCAUCGAUCUCUGGUUCGAAUCUCACAGAACUUGUCCUGUUUGUCGUCGAGAUCUUGAUCCUCCUCCGCAACCGGAAAACACCAAGCCUACCGUCGAUGAAAUGAUCAUAGAUGUGAUUCAAGAAACAAGCGACGACGAGGAAGACGAUCAUCAUCGUCAUCAGACAACAACACCUAUUGAUACUUGGCCAUCUUCAGGACAGAGUAGUAGCAUCAAAAAGGAACAAAACUUGCCGGAGAAAUUCUCUAGAUCGCACUCGACGGGACACUCGAUAGUGAGAAACAAACCGGAGGAAGAAGAUAAGUAUACAUUGAGAUUACCAGAACAUGUAAAGAUUAAGGUCACGAGAGGACAUAGUCAGACAGAGAGUUGUGUUACGUUCGCCGAACUUGUUAAAAACAGAGGAUAUGAUCAUCGCCGGUUUGGUGAAGUCUCUGGUCAAACGCAAUCUGAAAAUUGAAGGAGAAAGAAAUUAUACACUUUUUUUUUUGUCAAUUAGUUUAUUUUUUCGUCUUGUUGUUGUAUUGGUUACAUAUCUUGUAGGUAGAAGACAUUUUAACUUGAAAACCUUUAACAAAAUAAAAAAUUAACUUGAGAAGAUGCUAA